GCAUGAGGAGAGGGGAGGUGGGGUGAGUGAGGAAGAGGAGGGCGAGGAAGAGGGUUAAAGAGGGGGACUACGUUCAUCAGCAACAAUCGUAAAAGCUGGUUUCCUCUUCCUUUAUCAAGGUGUGGCUAUAAAUCCCGUUGCCAUCGGAAAGCAGCGACGUGCACAGGACACAAAGUUCAGGCUUCAUGGAGAUGAAGCUGAGUGAAGAGAUGACAGAACGGAAAAUGUCCAGAUGACAACUGAUGACCCAGUCCAAAUAUGCUGACAUAGCAGGCUGACUGUUUGAUUGACAGCUCAACAACGCACCCUUCCUCUUGCCGCCGGCCACUCAUCGUCCGUCCAGCCAUGUUGUUUAGGAGGAAGCUGUGCGCUGCCCUGGUGAUUGCCGCCAUCCUCUUCCUCAUGCUCGCCAGUCAGAGCAUCCAGAGGAGACACUUUCUGCUUCUGUCCUUAGCCCUGCCCAUCAACUGGGCCACGCCCACCAGCAGGGAGACAGUAGUUGAAACCACGGCACCUCCUGCUGAUCCGACCCCUGACCCUCCCAGGACCUCCCCUCCUCCCGGCACCACCCCACCUGAAGCCGAGGAGAGGCCUGUAGAGAAGUUGUUAGGAGGCGUCGUAGAAGAGCGAAACCAAAAGCAGAGACGGUCGUGUGGUUGUACCAAAUCUUGUAUUUCCGACCUGGGGGGGUCAAAGUGGUUCAGCCAGCGCUAUGACCCCAAACAGCAGCCCAUCCUCCUCCGACACAACAACUUUGACCCUGAAGCACUCAAAUGGUGGCUGAGACUUCAGCGGUCUGAGAAGGACCGUACUAUAGAGGAAGUGAUGAUUGAUAUGUUCAAGGUAAUUUCCCCACCCACUGUGGACUCCACCCCCUCCUCCUCCCGUUGCCGAAGGUGCGCGGUGGUUGGCAACUCCGGCAACUUGCUGGAGUCAAAAAACGGCAACCUGAUCAACUCCCACCACUACGUCAUCCGGAUGAACAAGGCGGUGACUCGAGGAUUUGAGAAAGACGUUGGGAAUCGGACGACGCAUCACUUCCUGUACCCGGAGAGCGCGGUGGAUGUUGAGCACGGCGUCAGCCUCGUCCUGCUGCCGUUCAAACUGAGAGACCUGGAGUGGCUGACCAGCGCGCUGUCCACCGGCCAAGUCAAAAUGACCUACAUGAGGGUUAAAGACCGAGUGCAGGCUGAUAAAGACAAGGUUCUGGUGGUGAACCCAGUGUUCUUUAAGUAUGCUUACGAUCGUUGGACCGAGGGUCACGGUCGCUACCCGUCCACCGGCAUGCUGGCCAUCAUCUUCGCUCUGCACAUCUGUGACCAGGUGUCGGUUUUUGGUUACGGCGCCGACGAGCAGGGGAACUGGCAUCACUACUGGGAGGCGAACCGCUAUGCUGGAGCCUUCCGGAAGACCGGAGUCCACAGCGCCGACUUUGAAACCAAGAUCAUCCACCAGCUCGCCAAGGAGGGCAAGAUCAGUCUGCACCUGGGACGGAGUCCGUAGACAGGCCUACGGACCUUCUGAUCUACGGACUGACCCACAUACAGACCAACAGAUGUGUCCGCCAGCCGACAGACCUACAGACAGACCUGUGGACUAACCCACAGACAGACAUGCUGACUGAAAGACCAGUCUGCUUACUGACCAGCACAUUAUUCACCACUUAAUUGUUUUGACCAAGAACCAGCUACAUCUCAUCUGGUACUCGACUGAGUCUGGUUGCUUGUGGCACACCGGGCUGCCACGGCUUGUUUCGGGGGGGAUUUUUGACACGAUGUGUCUUACACGUCAAUCAUCCCUUGAGUCAGACAUUCAGGCAUGCCGGAUUGAAGCCGUUUGUUAGGCAGCAAUAUUUGAACAUACCUGGAUUACCUGUGGACGGAGUCUUCCGGGGACAGUUGGACGGGGUUCAGAUUUCCUCCUCCUGCAGACUCCUGUUGGUUGAAAUGCUCAACUUAAACAUACAGACUGGUUUUCGGGACCCUCCACUUUACAAACAGAACUGCUCUCUGGGACUGCAAGGAAGGACCACACAAGUUUUGCUCUGAGCGGGAAACAACCACAGACUUUUUUAUAUAUUUUUGAUGGAUUUUGUUGACUAUAAACGGGGAUACCCUCUUUUUUUAAUCAAAGCACUUUGCCCUGCAGAAGAAAUGGCACUAAGAGGCCAUGCUGUUGCUUCUCUGUCCAACCACAUUUCAGGACAUUAUAUAUAUUUAUAUCAUUUAUAAUCCAUCCAUUAUUCUAACUGAAUCUUAAUGCAAACUGUCACUUACUGUCCUGACAGACUUACGUUUUCUUUCACAUCUCCAUUUUGGGAAUGUAAGCCAAUGACAAUUCCGGUCUCGACCAUACAAUAUGGCGCUGGAGGCGGUGAGUGGGGGGUUAUGUUGGGGGUUAUGUUCCUGACUAAAGCAGGAACAUUUUAAUUAGUAUUUGAUGUGUAUGAAGUGUGAUUUGAAGGACUUGUUUUGUUGUACUCCAGUAGCUGAGCUAUAAAGUUAUACUCAACACCAACUUAAGAUGUGAAUCAGGGAGUAAAGCUGCAGACUGUUGAACUCCAUAGGCAGACGUAACGUAAGGAUGUGAGUCACAGCUCAGCGGAUGGGAACGACCAGGACGAGUAGACCCUGCACGACUUUCAACUAAAGAUUCAUUAAACAAAACAUAACGAGGUCAAACAAUCAGCAACACAACCAGUGUGUGCGGUGCCAAACCAAAAAGAACCAACCAUAUGAAUGAAGAGAGACUGGAGGAAUCCGCUGUCUGUCACACCUGUACUGUGAAUGUACAAAAACUGUCACAGUCGACUGAAUGUUAUGAGGAGUGUUAUCAC